ACACAUGGCUUAGAUUCAUUUUAAUAAUGAUGACAACUGUCAAACGUCAAUCCAAAGUGUUUUUUUUUAACAAUAAAAAUUUGCUCGCAAGAGAAAAAUAUAAAAAAAAGUCAAAAUCUUUGAUUGGCAAAAUGAUACUUUUGGUGUAAUUUUCCUGUGAAAUAUAAAAUCGUGAAACAUGCAAAAUACGACGGAAAAUAAGUAUAGUUUUAAGGUUGUGUUAUUAGGCGAGGGAUGCGUAGGCAAAACUUCACUGGUACUACGAUACGUAGAAGAUAAGUUUAACAAGAAACAUAUAACAACGUUGCAGGCUUCAUUUUUAACCAAAAAAAUAAAUUACAACGGAAAUAGGAUACACUUGAACAUUUGGGAUACAGCUGGACAGGAAAGGUUUCAUGCGCUAGGACCAAUUUACUAUAGGUCGUCGAACGGAGCGAUUUUGGUGUACGAUGUGACUGACGAAGGUUCAUUCCAAAAAGUGAAGAAUUGGGUUAGAGAACUCAAAAUGAUGCUGGGUGCAGAUAUUGUUUUGGCUAUUGCUGGCAAUAAAAUUGAUUUGCAAAAAGACAUAAAUGUGCCGCUGGAAACAGCUGAAAGCUACGCAGAAAGUGUCGGUGCCAAACACUUCGAAACAUCGGCGAAAAACAAUAUCGGAGUGGAGGAACUAUUUCUAGAGCUAACUAAUAUGAUGAUUGCAUCACAUGAUGCAAAGCAAACGGAGAAUACAGACAGUCGAACGAAUUCGUUGCGACGCAGUAAUCGAUUGGUUGUUGCCGAUAGUAGUGAUAUGGCGGAGAACAAUUCGUCAAGAUGUUGCGGAAAUGGUUAAAAUGUGGAACCUGUUGACUGGUUGUACGAUUUUGAUACAAUGAACUUUAUAUGAUAGGAAAUGUGUUAUAAGGAUAACUGCAAUUAAUGAUCAAAAAUGAGAUAACAAAACUGUAAAAGUGAAAUGAUUAUUUCCUCCCCUUUUUAUUUUCCUUGUUGUAAAUAAAACUUUCAGAAGAA